GCGGCUGAAGAAAAACUUUUCAAAACUCUAACAUUUUAUUUAAAGAAGAAAAAAAGAAAGCUUCAUUAGGUGUUGUCACGCGCAUGCGCCGUUCUUGUUCCUCACACGAAAAAAAACAGCGCUACCUUUGCUGCGUAACAAGUCUGCGUCUGACGCUCUGAAGGGAUCCGGAUGAAGCCAAUCUUCACGUUCCAGUUAUAAAAAUGAAAACACCUAAAGGAAAUAGGCAGUAGCCUCACGACGAGCGCGCUCACAGGUGUCCCUCCAGGUCUCCUGUCUGGCGGACUGUGACACCAGGAUGGGGCUGCUGACUGGACGGUGUCAGAUCUGAAGCCUGCUUUACACCCAUCUGCUGGAUUUGGAGCCGCCGCUCCAUUUUUCGAAACUGCCUGACAGAUGAAAGGCUCCGAGCGUGUCCGUCAGUGAAGUCAGGACUCCCAAUGACAAAGUAGAACUCUCUCCUGAACAAAAGUGGGAUUCCUCGUACCAUGUCUUGGCAGGUGGAGGCGCCACCCAAGCGGCACCCCUGUGGUGGAGCUGGACUGGACCUGCCGGCCUCCGCGUCUACACAGCACGGUGGUGUUCACACGGUGGAGGUUGCGAGGGGGAAGACGGGCUACGGCUUCACCCUGACGGGUCAGAGUCCGUGUGUCCUCAGCUGCAUCCUGAAAGGCAGCCCCGCAGACUACAUGGGGUUGCGCUCAGGAGACUACAUCCUCUCCGUCAACGACAUCAAUGUCUCAAAAGCGUCCCAUGAGGACGUGGUGAAGCUGAUCGGACGUUGCUCCGGCGUCCUGAAGCUUGUUAUCUCCGAGGGAGACUGUAAUCGCCGACACCACCACAACUCUGGAGGACGCCACCAAAGCAUGAUGGUAGCGUCCUACCUGGACUCCUGCUCAAGUGACGAUGAGCUGGACGCGUUCUAUGACUACAGCGGUAAUAACCACAGCAGGUCGGGCUGCGGAGCCCGGACUGCACGGUGCAAACCGCCGCUGGACUCAAAGCAGCUGGGCAUCAACAGAGCAGAGAAGGUUGUGGCAGAGCUGCAGUCUGGAGGAAUCUUCAACAUGAUCUUCGAGAACUCCAGCCACUCUUCCAGCAGUUCCGACAAGGACAGGGCCGGAGCCAGCUGCAAGUCCCACACGCGCCGCCCGUCCGACCCUGAGUUCCCUCCAUACCGCUCUGGUUGCCAGAGCAACCCCAACCUUCUCUCUGAGGGGGAGAUGGCCCAGGUUCUGAAUGAUGACUCCGUGUUCCUGGAGUCCGACAUUCGCCACCUCCACCUUCAGAACCACCACGAGCGAGAUGUGGACAUGGAAGGAGGCGCUUUCGGUCUAGACCCCAGUGAAGACAUUGUCAACGUAGGGAUGAUGGCCGGCUAUCUGGGCUCCAUUGAGCUUGCCUCAACGGGAGCAAACUUAGAGAGUGACAGUUUGCAGGCCAUCAGAGGAAGCAUGAGGCGCCUCCGAGCUGAGCAGAAGAUCCAUUCUUUGGUCCUCAUGAAGGUCAUGCAUGACAGUGUGUGCCUGUGCAGUGACCGGGGUCAGGUGCUGGCCACCUACCCUGCUGAAAAGCUGGCUUUCAGCGCCUGCUGUCCAGAUGAUCGGAGAUUCUUCGGGCUGGUCACUAUGCAGGCCACGGAUGACAAUGGGCACUACAGCAAUGGACGAGAUGAAGAGGGCGGGCUCAGGACCUCAUGUCACGUGUUUAUCGUGGACCCUGAACUCUGCCACCAUCAGGUCCACGUGGGAGUGGCCCGGAGGUUCGGCUUCGAGUGCACCCCCGACCCAGACACGGGGGGUUGCCUUGAGUUCCCCCCCAGCUCACAGCCCCUCCUGCAGUUCAUUUCUGUCCUUUACCGGGACAUGGGGGACAACAUGGAGGGGGUCCGAGCCCGCGCCUUCCAGGACGCAGACAACGACGCCCAGCAGAACCACAGCACCAGCAGCAACAGUGACAGCGGCAUCGGGAACUUUCUGCCGGAGGAGAAGAGCAACCGGGUGCUUUUGGUUGACCUGGGGGGACCCCCCAACCAUGGCCACACCCCUGGCAUGCGCCACUGGAACAGCCCACCUUCAUCCCAGCUCGUUUGGAGCCCCACCUUGGGGACUGCUGCCUCUCUUUCACCUCCUCCUCCGCCUCCCCCUCCCCUCUUGAGAAAUGGUCACCACCGUCAUGACCCCCACCUGGCUGACCUCCCCCAUCCCCUCCCCCUGGCUCACCCUGAAGUUGCUGGCAGGCCUUUGCGAGGCGUCCACUCACACCACUACUCCUCUGGGAAGCUGGGAGGAGCCACUGGGGGCGGAGACAGGAGGGGGGCUGGCCUGGACCCUCAACGCUGGCUGCCAGUCCACGUGCUGAGAGAUUGGCGCCAGCAGCACAGCAACCUGCCGGGCCUGAGCAGCGACCAGGAAUCCUACGCAGAGUCCACGGACGGGUGGUCCUCGGCCAACUGCAGCACCCUGCCCCCGCCCAUGAACAAGAUCCCAGCAGAUCGCUACCGGGCCCCCCUGGUCCCCGGAGACCACAUGCAGCCCCCGGGGGGCCCCCCUCCUCAACCACCUCAUCCCCACCACCAGCGGCUGGUUGCUCAGAAAGAGGAGUGGGCCAAGAAGCUGUUUGGAGGCGGAGACAGGGAGCGGAGCCGAGCGCGGCGGGGCGACAGAGAGAAGAAACGAAGCUCGAAGGACGGGGAGAAAAAGGCUGGUCGUUUAAGAGGUUUGACGAUGGGAUUCCCUCCUCUGCAGCAGCGCUCCUCAACCAGGCGAUCUUUUGGGCGCUCCAAACGUCUCAGCAUGGCUCGAUCCCUGGACGACUUGGAG